AUGCUUUCUUCUGCUACCGCACAACAAUACGAGUCCGAGUACUCGGCCCACAACUACCACCCAUUGCCUGUGGUUUUCCACAAGGCUCAAGGUGCCCACGUUUGGGACCCUGAGGGAAAGGAAUACUUGGACUUUUUGUCCGCUUACUCCGCCGUCAACCAGGGCCAUUGCCAUCCUAAGAUUGUGGCUGCUUUGACCGAGCAGGCUCAGAAAUUGACCUUGUGUUCCAGAGCUUUCUCUUCCGAUGUGUUCGGUGAGUACGCCAAGUACAUCACCGAGUACUUUGGCUACGAGUCGCUCUUGCCAAUGAACACCGGUGCCGAGGCCGUCGAGACCGGUUUGAAAUUGGCCAGAAAAUGGGGUUACGUCAAGAAGGGCAUCAAGGAGGACGAGGCCAUCAUCUUGUCUGCCGUCAACAACUUCCACGGAAGAACCUUGGGUGUUAUUUCCAUGUCCACCGAUCCAGAUGCCACCACCGACUUCGGUCCAUACUUGAACGGUGUCGGCCCACAAAUUCCUGGCGAGCCAAAGGGCACUUUGUUGAGAUACGGUGUCAUUGAGGACGUCGAGAAGGCUUUCGCCAACGCUGGUGACAGAAUCGCCGCUCUUUUGUUGGAACCAAUCCAGGGUGAGGCCGGUAUUGUGGUUCCUCCUGAGGGCUACUUCACCAAGGUCCAGGAGCUCUGUAAGAAGCACAAUGUCUUGUUGAUCUGUGACGAGAUCCAAACCGGUGUCGCUAGAACCGGUAAGAUGUUGUGUUACGAGCACUACGAGAACGUCAGACCUGACAUUAUCUUGUUGGGUAAGGCUAUUUCUGGUGGUGUCUACCCUGUUUCCGCCGUCUUGUCUUCUAAGGAGAUCAUGUUGACCUUGCCUGCUGGCUCUCACGGUUCUACUUAUGGUGGUAACCCAUUGGCUUGUGCCGUUGCCAUGGCUGCCUUGAAGGUCGUCAAGGACGAGGAUUUGGCUGCCAGAGCCGAGUCCUUGGGUCAACUUUUGCGCGCCAAGUUGCACGAGUUGCUGACUGAGUCCAACGGUGUCAUCACCGAAGUCAGAGGUAAGGGUUUGUUGUGUGCCAUCGUUAUCGAUGACUCUAAGACCAAGGGCACUGCCUGGGACCUUUGUUUGUUGAUGAAGGACCAAGGUGUUUUGGCCAAGCCAACCCACGACAACAUCAUCAGAUUGGCCCCACCUUUGGUCAUCUCUGAGGAGGACUUGUUGAAGGGUGUCGCAGCCAUCAAGGCUGCUUUGGCUCUUUUCGUCAACGCCUAA